AGAACUGAGUUCUGAAGCAGCAACACUUGUCUCUCUGUGAAAAUCUGAACAUUGCCUAAAGGGAGGGGCCCACAGUUUGUUUGUAGUGUGCAAUAUUUAUCAAUGAUAAGCUGAUGCAAAAGUUAGAGAAAUGGAGCAGUAAUCCACACACACAUUUAUUAUGCAGUCUACUUAAUAUUUGAAGUGCUUGUGUUACUCUUCUGCCAAAUAGUAACCCUCCUGCUGUUUUCAUCAUCUGGGGCUGGGAAGCAUGAUAAUUGUUAAUUAUUGAUCUCUAGAAGAUUAGCCUUCAAUGAAUUAGUCACUCAGUCCAAUCACUUUGUCCAGUCAUCAUGUCCACUAUCAUACCAAAUUGUUGAGGCAAUGUUUAGAACAAAGGAAUCGGGAUCAUUAUGGUUCCUUGUGCAUUAUUAACCAUCUGCAAUGUAUGAUGAUUAUCUGUAAUGAUGAUGAGUUAAGGUUGAUGGUGUUGUGUAUGCAGGGUCAGAUUUCUCCCUCCUGGGACCUCACCUUGAUAAGCUAGAGGAAGCGAGGGAAGGAUUGAGUUACACACUAGAUGCUGGUGCAACAGCCAUUUAGACGGUGCUGAUUUUACUUAUCUGUUUUAUUUGUUUCAGAAUAUUGAAAAAUAGGCUGUGGAUUUUCUUGAGGAUAUCUUUUUAACAAAGUGUGCCAUAGGAUAUAUAUCUCAGUGGUUCUGUGGAUUAAAAAAGCUGGACACCAAACACAAUGCCCUGUGUGUGCGACUGACAUUCAGGAAAAAAGGUCAAGCUAGCUGACUGUGACCAUGGGGACAGUUCGUGAUUUGCACGAUUUCCUGGAGGAGGCAGAGCUUUUACACUACUACAGUGCUCUCUGUAAUCAACUGCGGAUCACUGCGGUACCCCAGCUCAAGUAUGUCGAGGAAGAGGACCUCGCAGGAAUCGGCAUGUCCAGGCCUGAAAUGAGGCGCCUUAAGAAAAUGUACAAGAAAGAGUGUCCUCAUGGAGCUUUAGGGAAAAUCAAAAAGGACACACUUGCUCUUGUGAAUACUUUAAAUUCAAAAGUAACUUCUAAAGUGGCUAUCCUUACUCGAUCAGAUGGACCAAAUCGCACUCUUAGUCCUUCACCUCCAGAACAGAGGUCAAGGCCAUCAUCAUACAUUGUAUCACCAGGGAGACAGAUCAUUCCUGCAGAAUCCAUUCACAUCAACAAAUCUCUUGGGGAAGGGGAAUUUGGUGUUGUGCAGCAAGGUAUCUGGACGACAGAGCGAGGGGAGAAGGUUCAAGUGGCAUUAAAAUGUUUAAGUAAGGAGCGGAUGGAGAAUGGGACCCAAGAAUUCUUGAAAGAGGCAGCCAUAAUGCAGACCAUAGAUCAUGAAAACAUUUGUGCGAUGUUUGGAGUUGUCAUUGAUAAAGAUGACACUCUCAUUCUGGUUACAGAGUUGGCCCCCAUGAGGUCCCUCUUGGAGUGUUUAAAGGAUUCAACUCUUAGAUUAGACUUUCCAUUAUCCAGGUUGUGUGAUUUUGCUCAACAGAUUUGUGAUGGAAUGAGUUACUUAGAGAGCAAACGCCUUAUUCAUAGGGAUUUAGCUGCUAGGAAUAUUCUUGUGUUCAGUAAGCACAAAGUUAAAAUAAGUGACUUUGGAUUAUCUCGAGCCUUAGGUGUAGGAAAAGACUACUACCAAAGCAAAUACAGCAUUAACCUCAAACUGCCCAUUGCAUGGUGUGCCCCAGAAUGUAUAAAUUAUCUCAAGUUCACAUCAGCCAGUGACGUGUGGGCAUAUGGAGUUACUCUGUGGGAAAUGUUCACCUAUGGAUUCCAGCCAUGGGCUGGACUUAAUGGACAAGAGAUACUGGAGGCAAUAGACACCCCCAACUCUCAGAGAUUGGAAUGUCCUGACCUCUGCCCUAAGGACUACUAUGAUCUCAUGCUGAAGUGCUGGUAUCAUGACCCCCAGAAGCGACCUGCUUUCAGUGAAAUCAGCAUCUUACUUCCUCAGAUGCGACCCAUCACGAUGAAGGCUUCAAGGGAGUUCCCAGAGGUCACAGUGCCAAAAGAUUAUCUCUACUAUAAAGCUAAUGAUGUUGUCUAUGUCAUUGACAAAAACACUUCUAACAGUCCUGCCCCUGGGUUAUGGAAAGGUGUAUUAAGCAAUGGCAAAUCAGGUUAUUUUGAUCCAGUCAAUUUUGUCCCCUUCAUAGAAACUCGAGCUAGUCCUGCCAGCCCUGCCUCUAGAACACAACUAACACGCAAAGAAUCAAAGAGAAACUCUAAGGCCAAGUUGUUGAGUGCAGCAAUGAUCAGUGGUCCACAGAAUGACCUACGACACACAGGUCACAUUGGCUAUGAUGGAGCGGUGUUUGGGGAUGUGUCUUUUAUAGGGGAUAACUAUGACAAACUGCCUGUCAAGGUCUCCAGUACUGGUAAACUAAAUGAGCUUCAUAGAAUAAGUCCAGAAAAAGAAGGAGUUUCCAUGAAUGGCCAUCUUGGAUCUGGGCACUCUUGGAUAAGUCAGGAGUCCAUAGACAGUACAUUUGCUUUAAGAAGUGAUGAAAAUCCCAAUAAGAACCUGGAGUACACAGAUAUUGAUGACGAUUCAAUUUUUGCUGAUUUCAAAAUGCCCGACAUAUCAAGUUCAUUUGAUUUUGGACCUUCAUUUAUGGAUGAAGUUCUGAAAGCCUUAAAUGAAAAAGAGGCUAAGUUGGAGUCUCCAGACAAAGAGAGCACCCCCUCACAGGAGGAUGCACGGAUAGACUGGGGGGAUUCCAAGGAGAAGAAACAGACCCCUCCCCCACUGCCAUCCCAGCCCCCCAGGAUGGAAAUAAAACGUGAAACCCCCAAGCCUGAGCCCAGGAAACAAGCUAAGGUCAAACCAAUGUCAUCUUCGGAUGAGAAGCGAAUGGAAAGUGCAAUAGCAAUGGCCAAUGAAUUUGCUGCACACAGCACCAAAAGUCAUAUGAUGGAUGCACAUAGCCCUCCCACUUCCCCUAUAAGUGAGAAAAACAUUUUCGACUCUGAAAACCCUGAAUCUCCCAAACUUAUGAAGAAAUUAAAGAACUCUAUUAAAAGAAGUCCAAAAGUUGAAAAGAAGAGAACGUUUUCUGAGGAAAUUUCCAAUAAGACUGAUUUGGAGGGAGAUGUCCCGCCAGAAGCGCAGGAGGCUUAUAAUAUGUUGGUAGUUAAAGGCUCCAUCAAAGAUAAGGCUAGGUCAGAGGAUAGGUCGCAUGACAGAGAAUUUCGACAUGAUAGGGGAAGUGAAUGGGAGAGCCGUGUGAAACAGGACAGUUAUGGGUUACACAGGUCAAGUCCAGCCAGACAGGAUAGUAUAAAUAGUUACUCCUCAAGUACAACACAACAAGAAAGCUGGAGGUCACCUCCAGAAACUGUUCCAAGGCAGGACAGUUGGAAUAACAGAGACAGUCCAGCUCGUCAAGACAGCUGGAGCACAAAAAGAGAAAGUCCAGCUCGUCAAGACAGCUGGAGUAUGAAGAGGGAUAGUCCAGCCAGACAGGAUGGCCGGAGAAUCCAGGCCGAGAGGCCCUCGGUUCCCUUAGCCAACACUGCGGAGGUCUUUCUAGACUCCCAGCAGGAGGAGCCAGCCAGACCCACGCCCAAGCCCCGGGGAGACAGGUCAGAAAUUCCAGUUCCUGCCCCCAAACCAAGGACAGAAAUUGUUCAGAGGGUGGAACCUGUUCAACGCCCCCAGAGACCACCACCAUCGAUCCCAAAAACUAUGGACUAUGAUCUUAAAGUAGACUUGCCUGAGGAGAAAGUUAAUGGUGUUAACAAGAGAUUUAGCACCACCAGUGACCAUAAUUCUACAGCAAGUUCAGAAAAUGAUGACACUAAAAAUCAGGUUGAGGUGUUAAGAAUUGACAUACCUGAUUAUAAUGAUGUGAAAAAGGAAAGUAUUUCAGACACUUCAUCUAAAGACUCACAGCAAGAGGAAGCACCAAAAUUUGAGCCAACUCGUAAAGAUUCAUUUAAAAAUGAUUUAUUGUGGAGUGAAGAUUUUAGUGAGCCAUCACCACGUGAAAUUAUGUCAAAGUUGGCAAGAGAGAGCAGGAUACGCAGAUCUCUUGAUCACCAGAGAGGGGCGUUAGGUGAUGGACUAGAUUCGGGACCAUCGAGAAAUAUUCGAGAACCACAAGGGAUACCAGGAAAAGGUCUUGGCGCAGCAUCGAAUGAAGAUGAGGAGGUUGAUACUAAUCCCUUGCGCAUGUUAAGAGGUGGUGCAAUCCCAACGGUCCGCGGAGGGCGGGUAGGACAAGGUACGGUUUAUAAUGUCUCUUCUGUUCCUCCUAAAUUACGGGUAAAACUCCCCGCCCUGCACCAUUCGCUCAGUGUUGACUCUGGGACUAAUCGUGUUGAGCAUGUGAAUGAGGGUGACAACACCAGUUAUGGAAAUGAUAAUAACCUUAACAAACGGUCCUUAAACAAACCCCCUGCUGUUCCACCUCGAUCCUAUAGCAUCAGUGAUGCUGGUUCUCAUGGCAACCCUGUUCCACUGCCUCCACGAAAGCCGCUUAGACAAUCAACGUUAAACGCACCACCUCGGGAGCGAAAGUACCCUCUGUUGCCUAACGAUGACCCAGGUCACACUACUAGCUGUUCGUCGAAUGUUGCAUGGUCGUCCACCCAAAAUACCCAGAUCAAGCAUGAUUGUGAUGUAGAUUCCUCUGCUCCCCCACCACUUUUACCAAGAUCUAAAAGUGUUAAUCCAGACAUGGACAAUAGUGAGGAGGAUGAAGACGACAGUGUUUUCAUCACUGACGAUGAUGCCCCUAAGUUAGAUUUUGAAAACCACUGUAAUUCAUUUGAAAACAAAUCCAAGCAUCCUCCUCCAUUAGGAUUAAUGAAAGGUCCCACCUCUUUGGAUUUAGAUCAAUAUUCUGUUAAUAAGUUACAAAAUGGUUCAAAGUCUACCAACAAGGCAGCCACUUUUCCUCGAGGCAAAUUUCGUCUCCAAAAUGUUGACUGUAAUUUAGAACAGUUAGGAUUUUAUAACCGCCCUGAUCCUUUCUGGGAUAAGUGUCUGGUGGUGGCAGGUCGUAAUUACUCUGACCCUCUUGGGAGCUCGGAGGAAAUCUCGCCACUAAUGCUUGCAAACUACAAAUCGAGUGACGGGGUUAGUUACGAAGACUUGCUUGAUUUUGCAUUAGAUAGGAAGAAGAACGGCCCGGAGGUAGAAACGUUGUUAAAAGUAUUCUGUAAUGAAGUGAGUGUUCACGACUGUACAGCAGCCCUUGAGGACACGGGGUGGGAUGUUCUGAUGGCCAUUAAGUAUAUCAAGCUCAAACAGCUACUGAGUCUGGAUCUGGGUGACAUUAACCACUGUAAGGAGGCCUUGAUUUCAUGUGACUGGGAUGUACCCCGAGCCGUGGACUAUGUUUUCUCCCAGGGCCCGCCCAGUCCCGAGUGUGUGGAUGUAUAGGAUCAGACUCACAACUUGACAAAGGCUCAAGCCAGCCUGAUAACCUGAGACCACUCGCUUUGUUGUAAAUAAAGACUUGACAGAGUUUCAUCUGUGUAAAUCAAUACUCAUUUACCAAAUGUGAUGUAUACAUCCAACUUCCUGUUUGUCUACUGUGGAAAUUUCAGCUGCUGAAUCGGUGUUAUGUGGCAUUAUUGGAUUUCUGUGCAGCGGUAAAUCUGCGGCUCGUGGUUGUGUGUGAUGUUUUCUUAAACCAUUAUUUAUUUAUGUCAUGUUGAAAGACAAUUUUUCUGAAAUAACAUUUUCAUAUGCUACAACAAUAUGAAAAAAAAACUGCUUUUUCUUAUAGAACAUGUAGAAAAUUUAUUUCCAAAAGCAAAGAGUGAUUGCUUGCCUUUUCGUGAUUUUAUUUCACAGCCAGCUAAAAUCAUUGUGAAACCGGUAAAAGUCACUCAAGAUAACGAGUUGGUCGUUUGAAUUUGCAAAAUGUCAUGUAACCAGUGAUGCUGUCAUUAAAACAUUUUUUGAGAUUCUGAACUGCUGUAGAAGACAGCAGCCAUCAGUCAUUGUUCUUCCAUAUCCUUGCCAUUAUAGUUUAUACUUUUACUUUAUAAUAUGAAAUACAUUAUUCAUCAUAAUAAAAAAAAGAAUGUUAUAAUUAGCAUAAUAAUCCAGAUAAAUUGUACCACUUGAAUAACCGACUUCUCAAGCGUUAUUUAAUGUUUACAGUAUUAUUAGUAAUCUAUAAUCUGUCAUUAAACUAUCAUUAUAUGUAACAUUGAAUUUUAAGAAGUAACCCUUUCUGACCCUCAGUCAAUGUGUUAGUGCUGAAUUAUGAAAUUAUUACGUAAAUUGUAUAUAUACAAUGUAUACAUAUAUUAUGUACAAAUUAUGUGUAAGUUUGUAUUACUAUGUGCAAUAAUUUGAGCUAGUUCAUACAUUUUGUGUAUCUUUGUACCGUCUUUGUUUCAUCAAGCAUGGAUUUGGUGCCUAUCCACAGUAUGCAAUCAUUGUCUUGUCGUGCCAUAAUUAGGUUCAUUACGGUUACUUCCCUGUUUAAGUGUUGCAUUUUUCAUUCAGAAAUUGUGUUAGUUUUUAGUGUCUGUCAAUGAAGGAAUAAUAAAUGAUUAAAACUUG